AUGCUGGUCUCCUUGACCGUAGGCAAGGUUGACGCCGGUGUCGCUGUCCUUCUUACCGAAGACAAAAGAUUGAUAGAAUUCCCUUCCAUACUAUUACCCUCUUCAAUCACUUCGGGAUCCAUUGUCGAUAUCACCGUCUCUCAAAACCACACCGCCGAGCAGAAAUCGCAAGCAUCUUUCAUCUCGUUACAAAAACAAAUCCUCAACACUUAUGGCAUCAACACUCCCACCACCCCUGUGCUCCGUCUACGAAAUGCUACACAGACUUCUCUGGUCCUUGAAUGGGACCCGAUCCAGCUGGCCACCACCACACUGAGGUCACUUUCUUUAUACCGGAAUGGAAGCAAGGCGGGCAAUAUUCCCCGUCCCAUGGACAUGACCAGCACCAAGAUCAGUGGACUAGCUGUGGAUUCGGAAUACUCGUUUUACAUGGUACUGAGAACGAGCGGUGGCACAUAUACGAGUAACACACUGGAUGUCAGGACACAUGACAUGAACAAUCUGACUGGAAUUACCAUCACCCCGGGAGUUCUGCCCCCUCAGCUGAUGGACAGUCUGCAAAGGGCGGUGGAACGGAUUGGGGCGAAACUGGUGGAUACGGUCAGGAUCGAUACCACGCAUUUCGUGUGCACUGAAGGUCGAGGCCGGGAUUGGGAGAAAGCCAACGAGAUGAACAUCCCCAUUGUACGGCCGGAAUGGGUUGAAGGGUGUGAGAGAGAAGGCAAGUUAAUCGGAGUGCGCGGUUAUUAUCUUGAUGCCGACCCCAAACAAAGGCAGAUUGGAUCCAAUCCAUCGUUGCCUGCCAAUCGACCUUCGGGGACCACUCCAACGACUACACCUCAACAGUCCAACCUUCCUUCAAGGCCGAAUGUUGUACCACCAUCAAGUCCCGGUCAGGAGAGUACGGUCAGUGGAGAGCCAGGUCCAGAACUGCCACCGACACCUCCAAUCAAAGAGAAAGAGCUUCCACCUGCACCGUCGACUGAAGAUGAGGAUGAAGGCGAUGAGGAGGAGGAGACGGAUGAACAGGAGAUUCCUCAACGGCCGACGGUAGAAUCCAAGGAGAAGGAUACGGCCGAUUCUUCCGAUGAGGAGUCAUCUUCAUCGCCACCACCAGCACAAAGCAGCAAUAAUCAUCAAAAGCCCAAGGUGGAGGAUGGAAAAGAAGGCGCAGAUAUGGAAGAUGUUGCACUAUGA